ACCACGACUCUCAAUUCACCAUCACUUCUUCGAUAACACUCGUUUUUGCGAUAUGACAACAAGGUAUAGAGUAGAGUAUGCUCUCAAGACCCACCGACGAGAUCAGCUUAUCGAAUGGAUUAAGGGACUCCUAGCCGUGCCUUUUAUCCUUCAUUCCCAGCCCACGGCUGUAUUUGAGCCCCGAAAUGAGAGCGUGGAGCAGAUGGCCACCGCUGCCCAGCGGCGGUAUGCUGAGAUCAUGCGGGAUGUGGAAGAGAUGGUGAAUGACCAUAUAAAUCACCAGAAAUCUGGCACACAGGAUCGUUCAAAACUGAAACUCAUUGUACCGACCGUGGCCAAUUUCUUUACACCUUUGGCACUACAUGAUGCGUUCAUAUGGCAGGACCAGCGUCGGUGUAUCAGUCGCCGUCGUUUUGUUCCGCCCUCAUUCAACGAUAUCAGACUGGUCUUGAACACGGCGCAGGUAAUGAGUCUCGUUCGUGCUGGCCCCUUGGAACUGGUAACGUUCGAUGGAGAUGUCACCCUCUAUGAUGAUGGACAGUGUCUAACUCCGGAUAAUACCGCGAUUCCACGCAUCCUGAGACUGAUGCAAGGUGGUACCAAGAUUGGUAUCGUGACGGCUGCAGGAUACACUGAAGCCAGGAGAUAUUACGAACGCCUAUACGGACUGCUCGAUGCACUACAUGCUUCCGAACUUCCGACUUCAAUCAAGCAGAACCUCGUUGUUCUUGGCGGAGAGAGCAAUUUCUGCUUCAAGUUCUCUGGUGACAGUCCAGAUCUACUCAAGUGGGUGCCACGGAAGGAGUGGUUGCUUGACGAGAUGCUGUUGUGGACGGAGGAGGACAUAACGGAGCUGCUUGACGUUGCCGAAGCUGCUCUUCGGGAAACGAUACGGAAUAUGAGAAUGGAAGCUAUCCUUGUUCGAAAAGAAAGAGCGGUGGGUAUUGUACCCGCACGAGGACAGAAAUUCUGCAGAGAGACACUCGAGGAGACGGUCCUAAUCGUGCAAAAGAUUCUGGAAAUGUCUCCUGUCGGACGUCGUCUUCCCUUCUGCGCCUUCAAUGGUGGAAACGACGUCUUCGUCGACAUUGGAGAUAAAUCCUGGGGCGUACUUGCCUGCCAGCGAUUCUUUGGAGGUAUAGAGGGGGGCAAAACGUUACAUGUCGGAGACCAGUUCCUGUCUGCCGGAGCGAAUGACUUCAAAGCACGCCUCGCCUGCACUACGGCUUGGAUUGCGAGCCCGGCAGAAACGGUUCAAUUGCUGGAUGAGAUUGCCGAAUUGGAGGAGAUGCAGCAACGAAAGACCCGGUGAGGGGUAGAUACUGAUCAUCUUCUUGGGUCUGUUCCGUCAGUGGAAAGAGAAGAGGCACGUAGGUUCCCGAUACACUGUGCAGGGUCAUGCUGUGGAGGGGAACGGUGAUUUUGAGAGUGUGAGGAGGUCGCAGUCAGGAUUGAAGCGUGGCAUACUCCGUUUAUGCGUCAUUGUAAAGGGAUUUUGGCUGGCGACCGAAUUAAUAUACCCCACCCCUGGAUAUAAUAGCAUCAAGUAUUCGAUAU